AUGCCGCCGCUGUCGGUUCGCUUCACACGGAAGAUUAAAAGCAACACGAGAUUGGGUUUGAGAGUUAAAGCUUAUAAUUCUUCCAAGAGCGAUGAUGGGUCUAAACCCAACGGUGAUUCCAAGCCUCCUAAUGGCAGUCUGAAAAAUCAGCAGCCUAAGACCAGGCGAGAGAUUCUAUUGGAGUAUGUGAAAAAUGUGCAGCCGGAGUUCAUGGAAUUGUUCGUGAAACGAGCUCCUCAACAGGUUGUUGAGGCAAUGCGGCAAACAGUGACGAACAUGAUAGGAACACUGCCCCCGCAAUUCUUUGCUGUGACAGUCACCACUGGUUUACUGAUGAUACUCCUCGUUACUACCAUUGAAACCUUGGUCCUUAUGGCCGGCAUAGAGAUGCUGAUGAGAGGCCUGAGCUUUGUAAAGGAACAAUUGAACUUGUUGCUUCAAAAGAGUACAUGUUUCGGAACCCAGUUUGAGUCCCUCCCUUCUUCCAACCCUGUUCAUGAAAGCCUUGUCAAUGGUAGUAAUAGUAAUAGUAAUACCGAUCAUCGCCACCGUGAUGGGUUCUUCUCGAAUUCGGUUUUUGGGUUUCUCCGGCGUUUUAAGUCGAGAGUGAAGACCGAUGGGGCUUCAAGGACAGAAGAAGAGAAGGUUUAUUCUUGGUUAUAUGCUUUGGCCAGAACAGAAAUAUAUUUGGCUUUCGAAUACGUUCGAUCCACCGAAAGAGAGGAGACUGAAGGAAAAGGCUCAAACAUUCCUCUUGAAUACACAUUUCCUAGCUCAUGGCAGCUUCUGUGGAACGCCUUUUUUCAUCCUUUCAACAUCAUUCUUAUUGUGUUGUCAGCACUCUCAUACAUAACCAGUGAUAAUCCAAAUGGAUGCAUCAUGCUUGUAUUGGUUUUCAUUAGUGUCUCCCUUCGAUUCUAUCAGGAAUAUUGCAGUUCAAAAGCAGCAAUGCAACUUUCAGAAUACGUAAGAUGUCCAGUUAAAGUUCAAAGAUGUGUGGGGAGAGAGGUUGAGACCGAAAUGAUCGUUCAAGUCGAUCAAAGAGAUGUUGUUCCGGGAGACAUAGUCAUUUUCGAGCCCGGGGACCUUUUCCCUGGUGACGUAAGACUAUUAACUUCCAAACACCUAGUUGUAAGUCAGUCCUCGUUAACUGGAGAAUCUUGGCCAACUGAAAAAACAGCUGAUGUCAGAGAAGAUAGAAGCACUCUUCUGCUAGAAUUAAAGAACAUUUGCUUCAUGGGGACAAAUGUGGUAUCAGGUACCGGAACUGGUUUGGUUGUCUCCACUGGACGCAAGACCUACAUAAACACCAUAUUUUCAACUAUUGAAAACAAAAACCAGCAGAUAGUUUCGAGAAGGGUAUUCGGAAGAUAUCGUAUGUGCUCGUUGGCGUAAUGCUUCUUGUAGUCACAAUCAUGAUACUGGUGGAGUACUUUACCUUCCAUGAUUUGAGUGAGAGUACUCUUUUCGGGAUAUCGGUUGCAUGCGCCCUUACUCCUCAAAUGCUUCCUCUCAUCAUAAACACAAGUCUUGCAAAGGGUGCACUUGCUAUGGCAAGGGAGAUAAGCAUAGUCAAAAGCUUGUCUGCCAUACGAGUCAUGGGAUCCAUGGAUAUUCUAUGUAUCGAUAAAACCUGGACGCUCACCAUGAACCAUGCAAUCAUGGUUAAUCAUCUGGAUAGCUGGGGUACUCCGAGAGAAAAGGUCUUACAUUUUUCCUUCCUGAAUUCUUACUUCAAGAGUGAUCAGAAAUAUCCACUGGACGAUGCAAUUUUGGCAUACGUGUUACACGAACCGUUACCGAUUCCAACCAUCCAAAUAGAGAAAGAUCGAUGAAAUCCCUUUUAG